AUAAUGAACGUUUAGAAUGAAAGUUUAUUAUUAAGUGUUGCUCAGAAAAUCUAGCUUUAGACCUUCAGUUUAAUCCUCGAUUAAUGUGGUCAUGUCUCUGUGGUGUUAUUAAUUUUAAUAGGCUAGGAGGUGGUUCAAAGUUGCUUAUAUAACGCUGAAUGUGCUACACAUUAUAAACGACAGAGCGCUAGUUCUUUCUUUUUUAACUACAUCAUUAAACUAUAAUCCUUGUACACUUAAUAUUUAAGUGCCUAUUUAGAGUAUCGGAUGAGGUUUUUAUUCAAUGAAUGACAGAAUAAAAGUGAUGGCGUAUUUUGCAGCCAAUGAAACUCGACAGAGGCGGGUGCAAAAAAGUAAGCGGCUGCUGCUUACAGUGAAAACAGGCGGAGAUGAUGGGCGUCUCUUUCAGCCAAUGGGAACGCCAGAGGGGCGUGCCAUUUUCCUGCUUGAUGACGCAGCUAUAGGAACAGCUGGAGAUGAUUGGCGUCUCUUUCAGCCAAUGCAAACUUUGAGAGGGCGUGGUUUUCUCUGCAAGAUGCUGCUACAGUAUGAACAGCUGGAGAUGAGCUGUUGUCAAAAACGCUCGACGAUCAUCAGGUGAUGUGAACUCAACCAACUCAUUCAACUGAUUCAUCUUCUUUUGCAGACUGGUGACGCUGUUCUUAACGACUCAACCGACUGGUUAACUGUCAAAAGCAGAAAAUCAACAUCAUGGGGCGGAAGAAAAUACAGAUUUCUCGGAUUCUUGACCAGCGAAAUCGACAGGUGACAUUUACCAAGCGCAAAUUUGGGCUGAUGAAAAAGGCCUACGAGCUGAGCGUGUUGUGCGACUGCGAGAUCGCUCUCAUCAUCUUCAACAGCACUAACCGUCUUUUCCAGUACGCCAGCACUGAUAUGGACAAAGUUCUGUUAAAGUACACCGAGUACAGUGAACCUCACGAGAGCCGUACAAACACUGACAUACUGGAGACUUUGAGAAGGAAAGGUUUGGGGCUGGACAGUUCAGAGCUCGAACAUGAAGACAGCGUGCCGAUGGGAAUGGAGAAAUAUCACGACGGCAUGGACCUCUCCAUCGCUCGGCAACGCUAUUAUGCUCCAUCGCUCCUCCCUCCAGAAGUGAUGGCUCCAAGUACUGAAAACGGCUACAGCAACUCCUCCAAUCCAACCCUAGGUGCCCAUCGGACUCCAUCCUACAAACCGUUGUGCACCAGACCGAGCUCAACCGGUUCUGUCAGCUCCAACUCUCAUCCGGCUCUCAUGGGUCCACAUGCAGGUCUGGGCUACUCAAUGUUUUCUCAUGGCAACCUGAGCAAGGCCUUGGAGAUGAAGACUCCGCCCCCUCUGAAUAUGACCAGUGACGGACGUCGCAUUGAUGCUCACAGCGGACUGUGUGGAACCCGCAGCAAUUUGGCCAAUGCAGUGAGAGAGUCUACAAAAAGAGCAUUGUAUCAGAGUAUGCAUGCUGGGGGCCACAUGAUGGCAAUGGGGAAGACAGGCUUACUGGGGCACAGUCUGGGCAACUACGGGGCCUCAGAAUACAGCCACCCGAGUUACACUGUAGGCUUUCAGCGCAAUUCUAUGAAUACCUGGCAACCUGUGUCUCACCAGGAGGCUCACCAGUCCAUGAUCAGCCCUGGGAUGGCAUCAGGAGGAAGCUGCUCGUACCCUUCGCAGUGCUCUUCCCCUUCCUCGCCACCACACCACUCCCUCAACCUGAGCAUCAAAUCAGAGCGCACCUCUCCUGAGCACAUGCUCUCAGCCACUUCCCCCAGCCAUCACAUGCUGCAGCACUCACCAAUGGAAGAGCCCAAAGAGACCUCGGAGGAAUACACAGCUAUGGAGAGGGACGGGAUACAGAAGGGCCCUUACUCCAGCCAGCCUGGUCCAAACAGAGACUCCGGAGAGGGGAAAAGCAAUCAGCCUCUGAAACAACAUGACAUCAGUAAUGAAUGGAUAAGAUAAUUGCCCCAUCUUAAAUUCUUUUUUUUAAUUGGGAGAUGCAAUCUUCACAUUAAAAAGAAACAUGCAUUAUAUUUGUUUUACUUAACAGGCGAUGCAUCACAUUUUCUUUCCCAGCUAUUUUUCGAAUUUAAAUAUACAUGUUGUAAUUCAGAUGUUUUUAUCAGAACCAGUAAAAAAGGUAAUAUUAUCACUUCACCAGAGCAACAUUCAAAAAUCAGCUCUGACCCUGUUUAAAAAGGGGAUUUCUGUUUUUCCCCACAUAGUGUGAAUUACUGUGGAGCCAAAAAUGAUUUUCAUGUAAAUGAUCUUCACUCGGAACGGACUGCUUUCCUACUUUUAAAAGUUUUUUUUAAUGAGAAAACAAUGUUGUCUUGCUAAUUUUUUGCUAAUUUGCAUUAUUUCUAGCAUUACCUAUAUAUUACAUAAUAUUUUAUUUCCUAUGCUUGUUUUUUCACUUGUACCUGUGUUAUUUUGUGUGAAUGUUGCAUACCACCAUGUACCAUCCUGAAGUAUUGUCAGUUGAAGUUUGUUGCAAUGUCCACAAGAGGGCUGCACAUAACUAUAUCAGGCAUCUGAAUGCUUCUUGUUGACGUGACACAUUGUAGCCUACCCUUUAUUUUAUAAUUAAAGAAUUUCAUUUGUA